AAUUUUUGUAACUAAUCUUGCCAGUCGACUGCCUGAUUUGAUAUGUGCUGCUAGUACUAGUUAUAUAAUAUUAAAUUGUAAAAAAUAAACAUAAAAUAUGUUAAAAUUAUGUAAAUCGAAAUGUCCAACUGUACCUGUAGUUAGGAAGUGUUGUUUCUGUGUACCAGUGCGAAAGGGUGUAACAAUAUUUGCGUAUGUUAAUUUGGUACUAUCACUUUUAUCGUUUCCCCUUUUAAUAUUCUUGCUGGUGGAACAAGUGACCACUGGAAAGCCUAUAGAGAACCCUGGCUCUAUGGAUCCACUAAUACACUUACCUCUAACAAUCGCGUUUGUAGUCAUCGAUGUCACUAUGACUAUAAUUUUACUCAUAGGAGCUCAUAAGAAGAAACAGGUGCUGUUGAAGAUAUACUUCUAUUUUGGCGUGGCGUUCCAACUCAUGACUCUCUGCAUGGAUCUUGUGUACUUUGACUAUAGAGAGUACGUCGAGAAUACAGUCUACUUCUUCUUUUUAGGUCUAAACGUAUAUCUUUUAUUCCUAGUCUACAACACUGUCAAAAUUAUUGAGGAGAGUUCUGAGGUUCAAUAUGUGGCGUAUCAAAACAACAAUGCUGGAGCGUGACCAGCAACAUCUGCAUCGUUUUGGGCACAGCACUUAAUACCAGUAUAACUACAUGAGCACAUUGGAAUGCUUUAAUUGUGUAUAUUACAAAAUACAUAUUUCAUAACAAAUUA